AUGGGAUCAUGGCUCAGCUGUUCCCUCCUAGAACUAUCUUCAGUAGUCUUACUGGCAGGUGGUGUCCAGAUGGAUGGCCUUUGCAGGGCCAGUGACUUCCUGAUCCUCCCAGGAUUCAUUGACUUCAUAGCUGAUGAGGUGGACCUCACUUCAGCCCUGACUCGGAAGAUCACACUGAAGACGCCAUUGAUCUCCUCUCCCAUGGACACCGUGACAGAAGCUGACAUGGCCAUCGCGAUGGCUCUGAUGGGAGGUAUUGGUUUCAUUCACCACAAUUGCACCCCAGAGUUCCAGGCCAACGAGGUGCGGAAGGUCAAGAAGUUUGAACAGGGCUUCAUCACAGACCCCGUAGUGCUGAGUCCCGCACACACUGUGGGUGACGUGUUGGAGGCCAAGCUUCGGCAUGGCUUCUCCGGCAUCCCGAUCACUGAAACAGGCACCAUGGGCAGCAAGCUGGUGGGCAUCGUCACCUCCCGAGACAUCGACUUCCUCGCUGAGAAGGACCACACUACCCUCCUCAGUGAGGUGAUGACGCCACGGAUUGAGCUAGUGGUGGCUCCAUCAGGCGUCACGUUGAAAGAGGCAAAUGAGAUCCUGCAGCGCAGCAAGAAAGGGAAGCUGCCUAUUGUCAAUGACCGCGAUGAGCUAGUGGCCAUCAUUGCCCGUACCGACCUGAAGAAGAACCGAGACUACCCUCUGGCAUCCAAGGAUUCCCACAAGCAGCUGCUGUGCGGGGCAGCCGUGGGCACCCGCGAGGAUGACAAAUACCGCCUGGACCUGCUCACCCAGGCAGGCGCUGAUGUCAUAGUCCUGGACUCGUCCCAAGGGAACUCAGUGUAUCAGAUCGCCAUGGUGCACUACAUGAAGCAGAAGUACCCCCACCUCCAGGUGAUUGGGGGGAAUGUGGUGACAGCAGCCCAGGCCAAGAACCUGAUUGAUGCUGGUGUGGACGGGCUACGCGUGGGCAUGGGCUGUGGCUCCAUCUGCAUCACCCAAGAAGUGAUGGCCUGCGGGCGGCCCCAGGGCACUGCUGUGUACAAGGUGGCUGAGUAUGCCCGGCGCUUUGGUGUGCCAGUCAUUGCUGAUGGUGGCAUCCAGACCGUGGGGCAUGUGGUGAAGGCCCUGGCCCUUGGGGCCUCCACAGUGAUGAUGGGCUCCCUGCUGGCCGCCACCACGGAGGCCCCCGGCGAAUACUUCUUCUCAGAUGGAGUGAGGCUCAAGAAGUACCGGGGCAUGGGCUCAUUGGAUGCCAUGGAGAAGAGCAGCAGCAGCCAGAAACGAUACUUCAGCGAGGGGGAUAAGGUGAAGAUCGCGCAGGGUGUCUCAGGCUCCAUCCAGGACAAAGGCUCCAUUCAGAAGUUUGUGCCCUACCUCAUAGCAGGCAUCCAGCAUGGCUGCCAGGACAUCGGGGCCCGUAGCCUGUCAGUCCUGCGGUCCAUGAUGUACUCAGGAGAGCUCAAGUUUGAGAAGCGGACUAUGUCGGCCCAGAUCGAGGGUGGUGUCCAUGGCCUGCACUCUUACGAGAAGCGGCUGUACUGAGGAUAGCGGUGGAGGCCGAGGUGGUGGAGGGGGAGCAUCCCAGGGUCCCCCUUUGGGCACAGCCACCCUCCAUAGCUGAGCGGUCACAGAUUUGCACUAUGGGUUCCCCAGCUCCUUCCCAGGGAGAGAAGAGGGGAGGUCCUGAGAGGUCUGUGGCCUCUUUCCUGGGCAUCCCCUGCAGAGUCAGGACUGCUCCCUAGGCCAGGCUGCCUGGGAGCUCCCCCUAUCCUCCCUCCUUCAGCCCCCUGAGCCCAGCCAGCACAGGCUCUCAGGCCCUGCGCCUGCCUCAGGUCUUUCUCGCUGCAGCCUGCUCCGGCCUGGCUCCCACCCCUGGGGCAGGUGGCCCCUCCUGGCUUCUCCUGUAGGGCACCUCCCUCCCUCCCUCCCCCCCACCCCAGGAAAUGGUGCUCUCCUGGCUCUGCCUCUGGCCCCUUUCCGGGCUGCUGCCCCCUCAGCCAUUUGGCACUUCUGGACCUCUGACCUAGGCCGGGGGGAGGUCUCUGCCCCCUUCCACUCGCCCUAGGCUGCCCUUGGGCCCUGCUCCUCAGGCCACUCCCCCAUUCCUGGCCCUGGGGAAGAGGUCGCCCUGAUCAUGGCCACCUGCCCAUCCUUCUUGACUCAUCAGCAGCCCCAGGUGUACUGCUCCUGCCCUCUCCUCUCAGCUGCAGUUGAAGGCUUUAACUUUGCACACUUUGGGUCAGUUGCUUCAUUGUAUGUUAACUAAUCUGAAUAAAUCAAGCAGGUCUCAACACCUC